AAACUGAGCUCUUUUUGUCCUUGAUACUUUAAGGUGUUAUACAGGUAAAUGCAAAACAUCAAUCUAUUUGGCGUUAUUUCGUUGAACAAUCUGGUGCAUAUCGUUAUCUGAGUCUUCACAGUUCCAUGGUCAAUUCUUCUGACCCACUCCUCUAGGAUUGUCAGCGAUUUAAAAGUCGAGAUUUAAUGAAUUUUACGAACUGAAAUUAUCUAAACAGAGGUUAUUGAUUGUGGUUCUUCAAAAAAUUUCUCCAUGUUGCUGUAACGAUUUCCAUGAACACGUGUUUACACUGCUCAGCAUAUACUUUGUUUAUAUAUACGUUAAAAACUACUUACUUGGUAUCAGAAUGCGUAAUCUUACCGUUCAGCUAACGUGGAUUCCGUAAAGUAGUUUAUUCUCAAGACUUGACGUGGCGCAUAUAUUUUCCUUCCCUUGUACAUAAUCGAUUUGUAGACUAUCAACGUUAAAAUGAAGUCGGUGUGCUAGGCGAAUCAGGUAUCUUUUUUAAAACCUGUUGCCGCUUAGUAAAAUUAAAUUUGAAAACUAUUAUGGAAGAGGAAGAUGAUUGGAGACAGUGUGCUGAAUGGUUAAAUAGAUGUCAAGUUAUCCCGGAUGAUCAUCCAGCUUUGGGGCCAGAUGGUAAUGCGAUUCACUUAGUUCAGGCCCUAAUGGACGGAGUUGCUUUAUGCCAUCUUUUAAACACAUUAUCAAACCAUGAAUUGGAUAUAAGAUCGAUGAAAGAUUUUAGCCAUAUGCCACAAAAUUCUCAGUUUUUAUGCUUUCAAAAUCUUCGACUAUUUACACAGUUAUGUGAAAAAGAAUUUGAUAUUCCCAGAAAUUUGCUAUUUCAACCUGGUGAUAUUUAUCAUGCUAAAAAUUUUGGCAAAGCGAUUGCAACCUUAUCAAAAUUAUCAUACUCAAGAAGAGCACAAUUAACUGGAAUACCUGGUUUUCCACCAGAAAAUUCAAAGCUACAAUCAACUCAUGAAUAUUAUAAUAAUCUUGAGGAAAUCGCUGCUGCAAUGAAUAAGUUACCUGACUCUGGAAAACCAAAUUAUACUCAGAUGGAAGAGGAAAAUAAAGAAAAACUGUACGAUACAGUGGUGUAUCAAGGUUCAAAAUCUCGUCUAAAUUUGGACUCUGAACCAACAACAGCACGAGCGUAUUGUAUUCGCGAAAUAGUGGAUACAGAAAAAAAUUACGUAGAUGUGUUGAAAAUGUUAAUUGAGAAAUACAAGCAUCCACUUAUUGGAGUUCUUUCGCACAACGAAAUUGAAGAGAUUUUCAAGUACAUUGAGGAAUUACAUACUAUUCAUAGAGAGUUUUUAAGUAAUCUGAGUUUGGCAACUAGUGCAACUGUGAAUUUUCUUAGUUUAAGUGAUGUCUUUCUUAAAACCCGAGAUAAUCUUCUCAUAUAUGGAGAAUAUUGUGGUCAUUUACAACAUGCUCAAAAUUUAGUCUAUGAAAUUAUGCGAAAUGAUGUAGAAAAACGUAACAAAAUAGAGUUAUGUCAGUCGAAUUCAGAGAAAUACAAUAAAUUCGCUUUGGCUGAGUUACUUACAAUACCAAUCCAACGCGUUUUGAAAUAUCACCUUUUGUUAGAGCAUCUAUGUAAACUCACUCCAGCUGAUCACUAUGAUCGUCCUGAUCUAACUGUAGCUCACGAAGCUAUGCGUGAAGUUGCAUUAUCUAUCAAUGAUGUUAAACGAGAUCUUGACACGAUUAGUUCCAUUGAUCAAAUUCAAUCCAGUUUACUUGAAAUAAUGCUGCCUCCAGAUAAAAGGUUAUCAAGUUAUGGGCACUUGCAUAUGGAUGGAGAAGUGAAAGUUCUUUCCGAAUCAGAAAGCAAAGCGAAAACUAGAUAUUUAUUUUUAUUCGAUAAAAUAUUGAUUGUAUGCAAACCGAAGGGUGAUAGUUUUACAUUUAUGUUCGCUUAUCAUGUUGUAAAUGGCCAAUUCCAAAGAGUUACUUUAUCAAAUAAAAAGGGAUAUUCCUAUGGAUUUACUUUACCAAUUUUGGGUGAUAGAGAUUCACCAAAUCUUACGUUCUUUACAAAAUCCGAAGAAUUACGUACAGCUUGGAUGAAAGCUGUAAUGGCUGCAUUGUCUAAUCUUUGUCCACCUGGAGCGAAAGACCGAGGUUACAACUUUGAAAUGUUCACAUUUAAACAACCUACUUAUUGUUGUAUCUGUAAUAAAUUAAUCACGGGAAUGUUCUUUCAAGGUUAUCGUUGUCGAGAAACAAAUCGAGCUGCACAUAAAAGUUGUCUUGCCAAUCAUAAUCUUCCACUGCGUGGUAUGGCUAAUGCACAUAUUAAUGGAGUUCCUUCGAGUGCCCCACCGCCAUUACCUCCACAGAUUAAUACUGUGCGUAGUCGACGUUCUCAUGUGACGAUGGGAAGUGUACCAUGUACACCUGGAAACAACUCUUUAUCUAAUUCAGAAUCAUUUGACUUCUCACAGUUAACUGAUACAAUAUCUUCUGUGAACCACUGGCUUGCGAGUGAUCAUAACAAUCUAUCGAAUGUCACUUUACAACGUAAUCGACGUAUAUCUUCAGGUUUACCUACAUCAAGUAUUCCUCCAGUGAAUCCAACUUUUGCUAUAGCACGAAAAGCAUAUGAUGGUGAUCCUCUUCCACCAUCAGGUAGUCAUCCUUUGAGAUUAUCAAUUGGAGAUCAAGUUGAAUUAAUCAAAUGGACUGAAGGCUCAUCAUGGUGGCAGGGUUACUGUGAUGGAUCUGAUGGUUGGUUCCCUGCUAAUCUCGUUGAAAUGGUGGUUAAUAAUAAAAUGAAUAAGCCAAGCUGUACAAGACUUUCUCAUCAAGUAUCUUCAUCGUCUAGUUCUGAUCGAACACCAGUUUUUAAUAAUAAUAAUUCUUCAGUUCAGAAACCUUUCUUUUCACCAAAUGAAACAUCUCCAUCCAAUUUACCUUUAUGUACAAUAGCAAAUAAAACUUUAAAUAACAUUCUAUCGCCUAUCGUCGGUAAUAAUUAUAAUAAUAUUCCUAGUUCUCCUUGCUCAUCAUUAACAUCUCUUAUCCCGGUGAAUAUGAAUAUAAAUAAUUCAUAUCCUCCAUUAAUGUUUCGACGUUUGAAAAAGCGUAGUUUAUCAGCUUUGGAAAUUCCCGAAUUAUCUCAGUGUAUUGAUUUAGUUCCAUCAGUGUUGUCAACUACACAGACUGCAACAGUUAGUGCAACAGUCACCUCGAGAUUUGAAAAUUUUCCAGCAGAUCUAACAAUGGACCAUUCACAUUACUUUUUGUCGACUUUUCCCUGGUAAACUGUGCAUCUUUGUUUAUAUGUAUAAUGUACAUUUAUAAUAUGAAAUGUGUAUUUCUUAUUUAUCCUUGUAGAAAAAUAUCUAAAGUAAUCAAUUUUUCUCCAAUUACAAGAAAUAUUGUUCUAAUAAGUUAUGUUAACUCAUUUAAGUGUGUGUAGCAAAUAAGAUGUAGUGUUAUUACUUUCUUACUAGCAGUUUACUAUUCCUAAUGUCAACCACAAUACAUUUUAGAGAUCAAAAUACUUGUCGAUAUAUUAGGAGCUAAAUUAAAGCCUUUGAAUGAAAUUCUGUUCAGUAGUCAUCUGUUCUUUAUUUCUAAAGUUUAGUCAUGUAAAUACUUGUUUCAAUCUAGCUUUUUUCAUUACUUUGCUUAGAUAGCUACUUUACACUUCUAUGCUGUGUCCAUCUUAUGUGUAUAAUUUGCAUGUUUGGAUUUGUUUACCUUAAUUGCUUGAUUGCUAUGUGUCAUUUUGCAUGGUCAUUUGACUGCUUUGUAUUACUCUAUGUACAAUUUGUAGUUUUUAUUUAUAAUUCAUAAAUUAUUUUA